CUUUUCCUUCUUCGAGAUCCUUUUCCCACUACCUCUUUCAGUUUAUAUUUCCAUCUUUCUCCUUUCCUCCUGUGUUUCACCUUUGACGAGGAAAAGCUUGCCGAGCAAGCUGCUCUCUCAGAGGCUUUCGUUUAACGAUGCUUUCUCCCAGAGGCUUCUUCUCAUCAAGAGCUUCUCAUCUUCCAUCUUCAAGCUUCAAUGCUGAGGUUGUAGGGUGUAGGGUAGUCAAGCAUGGAGGCCCGACUAAGAAUCUCUCUCUACUAACCCCUAUUUUUUGUAGGGAGGUUCAACAGUUGUAGGUGUUGUGCCAUUUUGUGCUGGUUUUCAGGGGGAUGGGGGUUUCUAAAACUCUCCUUUGAGAUUGCACUAUUGAUCUCUCACUUCCUCUGCAAGUGAAGACGAAUGCAGUGGUGUUAGUUUACAGAUGCACAUCUUCCCAUUUUGUUCUAGAAAUUUGAGGGCCCCUGGGGCUCGGGUUCUCUACCUCAGUGGUUCUCCAGGAACAACAGUCUCACAUGUCUCUCACAUCGUUAGACCAUUCUUCAGAUUGAUUGAAACAACAUUUCUCUCCAAUUUGAUGUUGACUGGACAACAGUUUUGUGAAGAUUGGUCAACACUCAAAAAGAAAUACAUUAGCCUUUUUGAGGAUGAUUUGCCAUCAUGUCUAGUACUGAUUCACGUCGCCUUCUCUCGAGCAACCAGAGGCGCCAAGCGAAGAGGACGCGCCCCAAGCGGACUCCCCCCUCGAAAGGUAUUGAGUUCGGGUCUGCCGAGCCGGUUUUAUCCUCCCCUCCGCCUGAGAUUCCGACACCCCCACUCAAGGGAACUAGUGAGGUUGGUUUCGGAGGGGAUGAGCUCUCUCAGCAAGGGGAGGCUCCCUGUAACCCCCUCCAGCCACGCCCUUACCCCCAGUUCCUAGUGGGAAAUUGGGAAGGGGUGAACGGCUACCUCGUGGCUUGUCGAAGGAGCCAGAAGGCGAUUAGUAAUGACGAGGUCGCUCACUUGGGGAAAAUGGAGCCUAGGAACCUCGCCGCGUUCGCUUCCGCCCACUGGCAUGGUGGUAAGUGACUCAUUUCUUUUUUCUUUUCUCAUUUUGCUCCCUUUCACUGUCCUUUGAUCUUCUUUUCUGUUGGCAAGUGAAUUCCGCCAUCCAUGCCAUGGCUCUCCAGACGCGUGUCCACCGCGGCGACGCCCUCGACCAGUGGGCUGCUAAUAAGAAGCUCCAGGGCGAGCUCGACCGGAUCCGGGGCGAGCUCCAUCACACUCGCAAGGGGAGCGAGUCUCAA